GGUUUUCCUUUCUUUUACACUAUCCACCAAUUCAUCAUUUCUUAUCUCAAAAGUCUUCACCUUUUUACUCUCUCUAAUUCCAUGGCGACUCAAUCAAAAUCCCCAUCAUCAUCAACAUCAUCACCAAUCGUGACAGAAUUCGAAGACAUGUUACCAAUAAUGGCGAAUAAGCUAGGAGGAGAAGGUCUAAUUACAGAACUAUGUAAUGGGUUUCGUUUACUAAUGGAUAAAGAUAAACAAGUAAUUACAUUCGACAGUUUGAAAAAGAAUGCUGCUGUUCUUGGUCUGGAUGAUCUUCGAGAUGAUGAAUUGAUGGGUAUGAUGAGAGAAGGAGAUAUUGAUGGUGAUGGAGCUCUUACACAGAUGGAGUUUUGUGUUCUUAUGUUUAGACUUAGUCCUGAAUUAAUGGCUGAUUCUGAAACUUGGUUUCAAGAUGAGAUUCAACAAUCUUUCUUCAAUGAUCAUCAUCGCCGGCGAUGAUUUUACUAUCUCCGGCCGCCGGAGACCAGAUCACGGCGGUGGAAAUAGAGGCCUAAUAAUAUUGCUUCUAAGUUCUAAGUUUAAUUAUUAGUAUUUUUUUUUGUUGGAAUAUUCGGAAUUUAUUUUAUGGAAUUAAGGAUAUUUGU